UCGGCUGCGCCUCUGCGGCGUCGCUCCUGCCCUCCCGGGGCUCAGUAGCGCCAGCGCGAGCCAUGGGCCGCCCAGCCCUCCUCCUCUUGCUUCUCGCUGCCCUGGUUCCCGGGAACUCCGUCGCCCUGCGGCCGGCACUGAGAAUCCUGGGCAGCCUACACUUACCCAGCCGCACGUCCCGCCCCGCUGUAGUCCAGAACUACUCGGUUCUUUACUUCCAACAGAAGGUUGAUCAUUUUGGAUUUUAUAACCCCAAAACUUUUAAGCAGCGUUACUUAAUAUCUGAUAAACACUGGAAGAAAGAGGGUGGAUCAAUACUUUUCUACACUGGUAAUGAAGGGGACAUUGUCUGGUUUUGUAAUAAUACGGGGUUCAUGUGGGACGUGGCUGAGGAGCUGAAAGCCAUGCUGGUGUUUGCCGAGCACCGGUACUAUGGAGAAUCCCUCCCCUUUGGUGCUCACUCGUUCAAGGAUUCCAGACACUUGAAUUUUCUCACAUCAGAACAAGCUCUGGCUGAUUUUGCAGAGUUAAUCAAACACUUGAAAAGAACAAUCCCAGGAGCUGGAGAUCAACCCAUCAUUGCCGUAGGGGGCUCUUACGGUGGCAUGCUUGCAGCCUGGUUCAGGAUGAAAUACCCUCACAUGGUGGUUGGAGCUCUUGCAGCUUCUGCUCCCAUCUGGCAGUUUGAGGGUUUGGUUCCUUGUGAUGUGUUUAUGAAGAUUGUAACUACAGAUUUUAGGAAAAGUGGUCCCAGCUGUGCAGAGAGUAUCCAGAGGUCCUGGGAUGCUAUUAACCGAUUCUCGACUACCGGGACUGGCCUGAGGUGGCUGACUCAAGCCCUUCACUUAUGCAGCCCCCUAACACUGGAUGACAUCCCGCAUUUGAAAGAGUGGAUUUCUGAGACAUGGGUGAAUCUGGCUAUGAUGGACUACCCUUACAAGUCUAACUUUAUGCAGCCCUUGCCUGCUUGGCCUAUCAAGGUAGUGUGCCAGUAUUUGAAAAAUCCUAAUGUAUCCGACUCACUGCUGCUGCAGGAUAUUUUCCAAGCUCUGAAUGUAUAUUAUAAUUAUUCAGGCCAGGCAAAAUGCCUGAAUAUUUCAGAAACAGCAACCAGCAGUCUGGGGAUCCUGGGCUGGAGCUAUCAGGCCUGCACAGAAAUGGUCAUGCCCUUUUGUGCUAGUGGUAUCGACGACAUGUUCGAACCUUUCUUGUGGGACUUGAAGCAGUUUUCUGAUGAGUGUUUUAAUAAGUGGGGUGUGAGACCAAGGCCCUCCUGGAUCACUACUUUGUAUGGAGGGAAAAACAUUAGUUCACACUCGAACAUCGUUUUCAGUAAUGGUGACCUAGACCCCUGGUCAGGAGGCGGAGUAACCAAAGACAUCUCAGCUACCUUGGUUGCAAUCACCAUCGCAGACGGGGCCCAUCAUUUAGAUCUUCGAGCCAACAAUGUCUACGAUCCUGCGUCUGUGCUGCGCGCGCGCUCCUUGGAAGUGAAACACAUGAAACAGUGGAUCGGAGACUUCUAUGUCUCUGAUGCCAGAAGGCAGCAUUGAACAGCCUUCUAUGUCUCUAUGCCAGAAGGCAGUGCUGAACAGCCUGGAUCAUUUUCACCUUUUUUAUGUUCCUCCUACCCACAUUCUCAUUCACUUUGAUUUUCUACAUGUUACUACUUUUGCUUGUUUUUUGUUAGAUUUGGUGGAGCUGAAGUUGGGGUGGAAGAGAGGGUAAUCUAAGUGCGAACAGCAUCCCACCACUAUGAAUGCCUGGGUCCUCACUGUCUUUGUGCUACCUCCAGGAAAAAUAUAAUCAUGGCACCUUUAGUACCGUCAAUGGCUUUUACAACUCGUGCGGAGUUCCUGACUGCCUUUCAUAGGAGACUCACUUCCUUUAUUUCUCCACAAGCAGGGAUUUCUCCUUGGUUUUGAGGCUGAAAUCUCUUUGGCUCGUUUGUAAGACCCCUACCCUCCGCAAAGGAAAAACAGAAGACAGAUUAAAAAAUGAUGUAAUUGCAGCUGGUAGGAAGGACAUCUGGUGCCAGUCCAGGAAAUGGGGCUCAUUUCUUUUAUACUUGAUUUAAUAACUUUGAACUGUGCAGCAAAUAAAGAAUAAGGCUGGACCGUAUACCUGUGUGUUGCUUCUGAAGCUUACUGCACUGUGGGAGUGCAGGGUGCCUUAAGCUUGGCUGUUUUGAAAAGUCCUUUAAUUUUCUCUUUGUCAUUUGGCAACUUCUCUUAGUUCUGGGAUAUCUGCCACUGUGGUACAGCCAGCAAGAAAGCCAGCCUUUUCCUGCUCCAUUUCUCUUUGUUUUGAAGGUCAGUUUUGUGGUAAUUUGGUUAAUUUCUUGCCAGUUUAGGAAAAUGACUGUUUCGCCUUUCGCUUGAAAUCAGAAUGAGUUCUAUGCUGUGGUCACUGAUGGUACUUUAAGAAAAAAGCCUUUAAAAAUUGGUGAAUUGGCUACUCAGUAAGUAGAAUGUGUUGAGUUUAACUUUUUUUUUUUUUAAAAUUCAUUUUCUGGUGGUUGUUACUGCUGUCAGUAAAGCCAGAAGUGUCAGGAUGCUGAGAAGCAGGUGCGAGGGGACUUUUCUGUAUGGCUUCCAAAAGACAAGCUGACUAAUUCAUGCAGGCAGCAUAUUUGACAUUAAUAAAUGGCUGAGCCGUUCCUAUU